CAGCACCAACAGAGGCAACUCCGGCAUAGAACAUACGACUACUAUUUAUAAUCACACGGUGCCGUGACUGCAAGAGUAUAAAGAACAAUAGACCGCGUUAUUGUCGUACUAGCAAUGUUGCGACACUUGUGAGAAAAGAGGCCAGAAGAAUGUUUUCCCUGUCAACCCUCACUGUGUUGAUUCCUGUUGUCUCUCUUUGUGGACUUUUCUACUCUGCCACCGUGGAUGAGAACUUCCCUGAGGGCUGCACCAGUACCAGCAGUCUGUGCUUCUACAGCCUCCUCCUGCCAGUCACCAUCCCUGUCUAUGUCUUCUUCCAUCUCUGGAAGUGGAUGGGGAUUAAACUGUUCAGGCAUAAUUAAUGCAAACAGACUAUAGCUUAAUAGCAAGUGAUACCCGAUAAAGCUAUUGUAAAUAAAUAAAUAAAGGCUUCACGUUUAAACUUG